UAUUCAUUUGAAUGAAGUGGUCUAGUCCACUGUCUUUCCGGACUCCGGAGCUGUCAAACGCUUUGGAAGAGGGGGAGGGUGAACAUGGCGUCUGAGCAGGAGAGUUCUAAUGGGCCUGUGAAGAGGUCCAUGAGGGAGAAGGCCAUGGAACGGCGGACCACCAACAAGGAGCACAACAGCAACUUCAAGGCGGGCUAUGUGCCCAUUGAGGAGGAGCGCCUGCACAAGACAGGCCUGAGAGGACGCAAGGGCAACAUGGCUGUUUGCAUCAUAGUCCUGCUCUUCUUGCUGGCUCUCAUCAACCUCAUUAUCACUCUAGUGAUAUGGACAGUGAUCCGCAUCGGGCCCAGUGGUUGUGACAGUAUAGAGUUCCAUGAGAGUGGGCUGCUGCGUUUCAAGCAGAAGGCAGACAUGGGCGUGGUCCACCCACUACACAAGAGCACUGUGGGGGGCAGGAAGGACCAGGACCUGGUUAUCACCGGCAACAACAACCCGGUGGUGUUCCAGCAGGGCUCCACUAAGCUCAGUGUUGAGAAAGAGAAGACGUCCAUCACCAGUGACAUGGGCAUAUCCUUCACUGACCCCCGCACUCAGAACACCUUCUUCAGCACAGACUUUGAAAACCACGAGUUCCACCUGCCCAAAGGAGUCAAAGUACUCAGUGUGAAGAAAGCCUCCACAGAAAGGAUCACCAGCAACGCUUCCUCUGAUUUGUCCAUCAAAGGGGACAGCAAGGCCAUCAUCCGCGGCAAUGAGGGCGUCUUCAUCAUGGGCAAGACGGUGGAGUUCAGGAUGGGAGGGGACAUCGAGCUCAGAGCUGAAAACAGUAUUGUUCUGAAUGGUUCGGUGAUGGUGAGCGUCAGUCGCAUGCAAAACUCCUCAGUGGGGGCCAACGUGUAUUUCGACGAAGGUCUGUUGAGGUACAAGCUGUGUAUGUGUGCAGACGGCACUCUGUUCCGUGUCCAGGUGAAGUAUCAGAACAUGGGCUGCCAGACCACAGACAACCCCUGUGGAACGGCCCACUAAAGAGAUUGGAAGACAAACUGAUGUUACACCAUCCAUCUUGUCCUACAAUUAACAGAUGGUCAAGUAUGGCCAACCAAUGUUGAAAUACCCUAGAACAAUGUGCAGUGCAUACUGCAUACACAUUCAAAAUGUAACACCCAGAAACACUCUCUUUUUUUAUGGAGGCCUUUUUGUUUGUCUGCAUAUCCGCUUGGCCAAAGAUAAGAGCUACAUACAGUAUUAUCAUUUUGUUUAGACGUAGAGCAGCUCACUAUAUGAAGUAACAACAGACACAGCACUCUACCAAGCAGUCCAGUAUUAUUACCGGUGUUCUGGGUAUUUAUAUUGAUAAUGAUUUGCUUAUGUAUAUUUCCACUGGCAGCUGUGUGUGACUUGAGUACAAGUCACCCUGUAUUAGGCAUCAGCCACUGAUCACUUAGCCACUAUUUUUAUGUUUUGAUUAUGGUUAGUUAAGGAGUAAUGAGUUGGAGUUAGUGGGAUAUGUGCAAGGGUUAACACUUAAAAUAGGAAACAUAAUUUUAGCUUAAAAUAGGAAACAUACUUCUAGUGCUCCCUACAUUGCUAUCUACAGUGCAAUCGAAAAUUCUUCAACAUUAUGUUACGUUACAACCAAUUAAAAUUAAAAAACAGAAAUACCUUAGUUACAUAAGUAUUCAGACCCUUUGCUAUGAGACUCGAAAUUAAGCUCAGGAAAAAUCCUGUUUCCAUUGAUCUUCCUUGAGAUGUUUCUACAACUUGAUUGGAGUUCACCUGUGGUAAAUUCAAUUGACUGAACAUGAUUUGGAAAGGCACACACCUGUUUAUAUAAGGUCCCACAGUUGACAGGGCAUUUCAGUGCAAAAACCGAGCCAUGAGGUCGAAGGGAUUGUCCGUAGAGCUCCUAGACAGGAUUGAGUCGAAGCACAGAUCUGGGGAAGGGUUCCAAAAAAUGUCUGCAGUAUUGAAGGUCCCCAAGAACACAGUGGCCUCCAUCAUUCUUAAAUUGAAGAAGUUUGGAUUCACCAAGACUCUUCCUAGAGCUGGCCAAACUGAGCAAUCGGGGGAGAAGGGCCUUGGUCAGGGAGGUGACCAAGAACCCGGUGGUCACUCUGACAGAGUUCUAGAGUUCCUCUGUGGAGAUGAGAGAACCUUCCAGAAGGACAACCACCUCUGCAGCACUCCACCAAUCAGGCCUUUAUGGUAGAGUGACCAGAUGAAGGCCACUCUUCAGUAAAGGGCACAUGACAGCCCGUUUGGAGUUUGCCAGAAGGCACCUAAAGGACUCUCAGACUAUGAGAAAGAUUCUCUGGUCUGAUGAAACCUAGAUUGAACUCUUUGGCCUAAAUGCCAAGUGUCACGUCUGGAGGAAACUUGGUAUCAUCCCUACUGUGAAGCAUGGUGGUGGUAGCAAUAUGCUGUGGUGAUGUUUUUCAGCGGCAGGGACUGGGAGAUUAGUUAGGAUCGAGGGAAGCAUGAACGGAGCAAAGUACAGAGAGAUCCUUCUUGAAAAGCUGCUCCAGAGCGCUCAGGACCUCAGACUGGGGCGAAGGUUCACCUUCCAACAGGUCAACGACCCUAAGCACAUAACCAAGACAACGCAGGAGUGGCUUCGGGAUAAGUCUCUGAAUGUCCUUGAGUGGCCCAGCCAGAGCCCAGAUUUGAACCUGAUUGAACAUCUAUGGAGAGACCUGAUAGAGUUUGAGAGGAUCUGCAGAGAAAAAUGGGACAAACUCCCCAUAUACAGGUGUGCCAAGCUUGUAUGGUCAUACCCAAUAAUAUUUGAGGCUGUAAUCUCUGCCAAAGGUGCUUCAACAAAGUACUGAGUAAAGGGUCUUAAUACUGUGAUAAUAAAAAAUUAAAACAUGUUUAAUACAUUUUGAAAAAUGUCUAAAAACCUGUUUUAGCUUUGACAUUAUGGGGUAUAGUGUGUAGAUUGAUGAGAGGGGAAAAAUAUUUAAUCCAUUUUAGAAUAAGGCUGUAAUGUUAAAAAAAGUAUGGAAUAAGUCAAGUGGUCUGAAUACUUUUGGAAUGUCCUGCACAUCUGCCUUCUCAUCCUGUAUGUGCCAAACAUUGUCUCUGUGUUUUCACAAGGGAAGAGAUUGGAUUGUCUUUAGUUUCGGUGCCAAAUGGAAUUCAUUUUCAUGUGUCUAUAAUAUCAUACUGCCAAAUGCUCAGAAACAGGACAAUUAUAAGAUAUACUACAGAUUAAUGCAGUCAGCUGCUUUUUUUAGGGAGGUGGGGGGUAUUCAUGAGGCUUUUGUGUUUGUUUCAAUUAUACAUUUUGAUAACAUUGGUUUGAAACAAAUAAUUUUGAGUGACAUUUUGUGCAACAUAACAUGAGUGGCAGUGCUACACGUGUGAUGUGUAUUUACUUUGUGCUAACUGGAGUGUAUAUUCAAUUGUUGCUACGGUAACAGUGUGGUCAUCAUCUCAAGCAGCAAUAUGGACUCCAUGCCUUUAUUUAUGUAUGUAUUCAUUGUUUUCCACUGGAAAAAUGUCCAUUAUUUAACUUCCAUGUUUGUUUAAUAAAGGGUUGUGCUGUG